ACCUUAUCUCUGCUCUCUGGUUCUGUGCUCUCUGUCUGUCCUCACCGCGCGCUUUCUCUCUCUACCCCUCUUCCUCUCCCGCGGUGGCGAGGUGAGCUAGGCGUAAAGCGAGGGCGCCUCUGCAGUGGAGGUCCAAGCCGAGCUCUGAUUUCUCACCGCUCUCCCAACUGCACCUGCCCAUGGCGCGCUUGGUGCGGCGGCGAGCACCCGUCCAUGGACGGCGGCGGCGCACUGCCUGCUAAGCAACCAUUUCUCCUCUUCUAGUUUCUUCUCCAACUCCAGAAAUCCACCGACGCUGCUUCUUCUCCAGACGGGCUUGGGGAUGCCGGAGUGGGGAGCAACGGGGAGAGGGGGUGUGGGCGUGUCGUCGGCCGCCGGUAGCUAUGGCGGCCGCCCCACCCUGCCGCAAGGGAAGCGCCGCCCCUGGCUCUGGAUGCCUGCCACUAGCAGCUAUGGAAAGCAACAUGAGAUGAAAUAUUGCACAUCACUACAGAACAAGUGUGUGUGUUCAUUGGUUCGUGGAGGAAGAUUUGGGCGGCAUGUUACCAGGAGGACUCUUUUCCUGCUCGAUAAUUAUUCCAGGAGCACUACGAUGGCAAGACUAGAAAUGCCUGGGCAGUUUCAGCAGCCUGUGUUGGACUCUUCAAGAGGCUACUUGACUAGAACAUUCAACAAUGCAAGCAUGAAGAGGAGAGUUGUGUCGAGGGUUGAGUGCUUUGUGUCUUCAGAUCCAAUAAACAGUGGUCGGUUGAAACCAAGGAGGUGGGAGAAUUUCACUAGUCUGGAGAGUGUUUGCGUCCAGCCAGAGUACAGAUUACCAAUCAGAACACGUGCUGACUGUAAAGCCGAGCAGUAUGAAAUAAUGGGAUCACCUUUGAGCCCUUCUGAUGUUCCUGAGGCUGUUAUGAUUGGAGAUGCGAACGAGAUUUCUCCCUGGUGGCAGGAGUUUCCAAAGCGAUGGACAAUCGUUCUCCUCUGCUUCUUUGCGUUCCUUCUUUGCAAUAUGGACCGUGUCAAUAUGAGCAUUGCGAUCCUUCCAAUGUCAUCAGAGUUCAGCUGGAAUCCAGCGACUGUUGGUCUAAUUCAAUCAUCUUUCUUUUGGGGCUACCUUCUUACUCAGAUUCUUGGAGGUAUUUGGGCUGACAAGUUUGGUGGUAAGGUAGUGCUAGGGUUUGGGGUUGUAUGGUGGUCAAUUGCAACAGUUCUUACACCCCUUGCUGCCAAGGUUGGACUUCCGUGCUUACUCAUCAUGCGUGCCUUCAUGGGGAUAGGCGAGGGUGUUGCCAUGCCUGCUAUGAACAACAUCCUCUCCAAAUGGAUCCCAGUUUCAGAGAGAAGCAGAUCUCUUGCCUUAGUGUACAGCGGAAUGUACCUUGGAUCAGUCACCGGUCUAGCUUUCUCACCUCUUUUGAUCAGCAGAUUUGGCUGGCCUUCUGUUUUUUAUGCAUUUGGAUCCCUUGGAAGCGUCUGGUUUGCACUGUGGCAAAGCAAAGCACGCAGCUCUCCAGAUGAUGAUCCGGAGAUAAGUAAGGCUGAAAAGAGUCACAUACUGGGUGGUAGUACCUUAAAGGAGCCUGUCACUUCCAUACCAUGGAGGCUGAUUCUAUCAAAGGCUCCAGUGUGGGCGCUCAUAAUAUCACAUUUUUGCCAUAACUGGGGAACAUUCAUUCUUCUAACAUGGAUGCCCACAUACUACAAUCAGGUUCUGAAGUUCAAUCUAACCGAGUCCGGGCUUCUCUGUGUCUUGCCAUGGCUGACAAUGGCUGUUUUCGCAAAUAUUGGUGGAUGGAUUGCUGACACUCUUGUUCAGAGAGGGAUCUCUGUAACAAACGUUCGUAAGAUCAUGCAAUCGAUUGGUUUUCUUGGACCAGCCUUGUUCUUGACACUGCUGAGCCAAGUCCGUACUCCAGCCAUGGCCGUAUUAUGUAUGGCUUGCAGUCAGGGGAGUGAUGCUUUUUCACAGUCUGGGCUGUAUUCAAACCACCAAGAUAUAGGACCACGUUAUGCGGGAGUACUUCUUGGACUGUCGAACACUGCUGGCGUGCUUGCAGGAGUUUUUGGUACUGCUGCCACUGGCUACAUUCUUCAGAAAGGUUCUUGGGAUAGUGUGUUUAAGGUGGCUGUUGUACUGUACAUAGUAGGAACAGUUGUGUGGAAUGUCUUUUCAACUGGAGAGAAAGUUCUUGAAUGAGCUGUGCAUGAUCCUAUAUGCCGCUAUAAGGAAAUCAACUGAUUUUACCGUGUUACAACAGGGGAAGGUCUUCUUUAGGAAGAGAUAUAGCUGGAAAGAAAGAACUCCCCUUUAAACAAGAGAUAUACCUGCAUCUAAUGUUUUGACUAUUGGAAGAACAAAGUCAAAUUAGAGUGCUGCAAUAGCCAGGGGGUAAUUGGGCUGAGUUCAAGAAGGUACACUUGGAACAAAAGAAAUUUCUUGUACAGAAGGCAGUUACGCCAAGGGCACAUCAGAUUUUGCAGCUGUUUCUUGAGAAGUCCAAACUUGUACCUAAGUCCUCAAUACCCGUAUUUUUUUUCCCUAAAAUAUUGGGCAAUUAACCAUGUUUCAGCUUGCCAUGGAGGAGCUACAGCUACCGCCAAACCCUGUCUGACGAUGCAAGCUUUUUUUUAUCCAAAAAAAUCCAGAAUUUAUCUGCUUCAGAUAUCUUAAACUUCUACGUUUGUGCU